UGAAGGCUCUGCAGGGAACGCUCAUUGCCAUCGCGUUUCCUCUCGUUGGGGUCUCAUCAGCACUUGAUGCCGCUUUGAAUAUUGCUGCUGGAAAAAUAAAUAUCCAUGUUCUCAUGGCGCUUGCAGCCUUUGCAUCAGUAUUCAUGGGGAAUUCCUUGGAAGGUGCCUUGCUUCUUGCUAUGUUUAACCUGGCUCAUAUUGCGGAAGAAUAUUUCACAAGCCGGUCUAUGAUCGAUGUGAAAGAACUGAAGGACAGUCAUCCAGAUUUUGCGCUGCUGCUGGAAGUUGAUAACAACAGGUUUCCACAAUUCACGGAAUUAAAUUACAAAAAGAUUCCUGUUGGUGAACUGGAAGUAGGCUCCAUUAUACUUGUCAGGGCUGGUGAGGCUGUGCCGGUUGACGGGGAAGUUAUUCAAGGGGCAUCUACAGUAACCAUUGAGCAUUUGACUGGGGAGAGCAAGCCCCUAGAGAGAAAGGUGGGAGAUACAAUUCCAGGUGGUGCAAGAAACCUUGAAGGCAUGCUGAUUAUCAAGGCAAGAAAGACGUGGAAAGAUUCUACCUUGAGCAAAAUUGUGCAGUUGACUGAAGAAGGGCAGUUAAAUAAGCCUAAGCUGCAAAGAUGGUUAGAUGAAUUUGGUGAACAUUAUAGCAAGGUUGUUGUAGCUCUAUCCUUGUCUGUCGCUUUCGUCGGACCAUUUCUUUUCAAAUGGCCCUUUAUCGGCAACUCAGUUUCCAGGGGCUCUAUUUACCGUGCUUUGGGGCUUAUGGUUGCAGCAUCUCCCUGUGCAUUAGCUGUGGCACCUUUAGCAUAUGCCACUGCAAUAAGUUCAUGUGCAAGUAAGGGAAUUUUGCUAAAGGGUGGCCACGUGUUAGAUGCCCUUGCGGCUUGUCAGACCAUUGCAUUUGAUAAGACUGGUACAUUGACAACCGGGAAUCUUAUGUGUAGAGCAAUCGAGCCCAUUCAUGGACACUUGGAACAAGGAGUUCAAUCUUGUUGUAUUCCGAACUGUGAAAACGAAGCUUUAGCUGUAGCUGCAGCCAUGGAAAAAGGGACCACUCAUCCUAUUGGAAGAGCUGUUGUAGAUCAUAGCCUUGGGAAAGAACUGCCUACUGUUUCGAUUGAAAGCUUUGAGUGUCUUCCUGGUAGAGGUCUUUUGGCAACGCUCUCUGGAUUUGAGUCAGAAAAUGGAGGUACUCAGCUCUUAAAUGCAUCACUUGGUUCUGUGGAGUACAUCACCUCCUUAUGCAAAUCCAAUGUGGAAUCUCAUAAAAUAAAGGAAGCAGUGAAAAUGUCUGCUUAUGGCUGCGAUCUUGUUCAAGCAGCACUCUCUGUCAAUAAAAAGUAUCUACCUGAUGAGGAGCAGCAACGAGUGUUAGACGUGCCAGAGAUUGAAAUUCAAGAUGAUUUAACUACUAUUGAGAUUCUUGUAUGUAUUCUUGCUAAGGAAGACAAAAGACUUAGAAACAAGGUAGUACAGAGCUUCGGAGAGCCGUAG